CGUCAGAACCAUUGUAUUAACAGAUUCAGGAUCAGGUUAACGAGUGGGCCAACAUGACGGGCUUCCUGUGCGCCCUCGGAGGAGUGUGUCUGCUGGGGAAGUCACCGUCGCGUGCACAGGGGGGAGCUGGCGCACUCAUGGGGGAUGUGCGCAAGCCGGCGGCCCUUCCCAACACCAACCAGGAGAUGCAGUACUGCCCCGUGACACAGUUCGUGGGUCACCUCCUGAAGCUGCUGGUUUGCCACAAUGAGAAGUUCGGGACCCAGAUCCAGAAACACGUCAAGGAGCUGGUUGGCCACGAAAUGUCACCCCUCCUCUACCCCAUCCUCUUUGACCAGACCAAGGUUAUCGUGGACAAGUUCUUCGACCAGCAGGGGCAGGUCAUAGUGAGUGACGUCAACACACAGUUCAUCGAGCACAUCAUCUUCAUCAUGAAAAAUGUAUUGGAGAACAAGACUGACCACCCCUCAGAGCACCUCGGGGUCACCUCCAUUGAACCCAUGAUGCUGGCCAUUGUCAGGUGGGUGCUGGGGGGACUAUGGGCUGCUGGGGGCUAG